UUGACGACUGUCUGUGUACGUGUGGACAGCAGAUGUCGACGUCGUAAGUUAUCGCCUAUCAGGAUGACGACUUGGAAGGCUCAACAGGCCGUCCAUGGCCUCUUUUCGCGAUGCGACUGCUCCGGCAGCGGUUACGUCACGCGUGAGAGGCUGCAACGAGAGUGUAGCCUCGACGAGGCGCAGAUAGACGACGUUUUCACUGAACUCGAUCAAGACAACGACGGCCGGAUAACGUUCGACGAAUUCGCCGCCGGCUACGAGCGUCUCAUGGAGACAUGUGAAGACGACGGGGCGUGGUCCGCCUUGGAUUACACACCGGAUGUGUUACCGGAAGUUAAACCGGAAGUGAGUGCAGCAACGGCGGUUGAUGCCGAGCAGACGGCGCGAGAGUUGUUUGAACGGUGUGAUACGACGGGUUCUGGCUGUGUGGAUCGUUUGGAGUUUAGUAAGGGCCUCACAUCGUUGGGUUACAGCCUGAGCGAAUCGGAUUUCAACAUUCUAUUUGAUUCUCUCGAUCAGGACGGCGAUGGUGUGAUUAGCUUGGCUGAUUUUGUAAAGGGAUACAGUAGACACUAUCAGGAUGAUGACUAUAUGUCGCCAAAUACUGACCACGAAUCGGGCACUUUUGAGUAUGAGAAUUGGGAUGAUAUGAUGAGUUUUCCAGAUGCUGAUUUGCUGUCCGGAUCGGGGUUUGAAAAAGUGCAGGACAUUUGGGACGAGGUGAGGUUGAAUCACCCUGAACUUUUAGAGCCACUGGAAGAAGUGAUGGCGACCAUGUCUCACCAUCUGAAGGAGCAGAGAGCUGAGAAUACGGCUCUUGUGGAGAAACUGAAUCUGCAAAAUGUUCUACAUGCUGAGGAUGUGAAGGCGUUGGAUAUGGAGGCGAGAGAACAAUUGGCUGAAGUGGAAGAGCUGGCGAAGUCGCAGGCCACCUUCGUUGAGCGUCGCAUUAAGCACGAGCUCUCACAGAAACUCACCGACAAAGAGGAAGAGCUACGUACAGCGUACGACAAAGUCAAACAGCUGGAACAGCAGGUUUCCUUGAAGAGUCUCAACGAAAGCGAAAUGAGAGAAAAGUUGAAGCAACUGCAUGAGGAUCGUAUGCGGCUGCAGAGUCUUCUCAGUAAGACAGCGCAUCGUAAACUGAGUAUAAGCAGUCCUCUGACACAUAAUGUUGUGGCGAAGAACAAGUCUCCAUUAGCCAACAGACGAUCAGUGAGUAUGGGAACGUUGCUGAAUGACAAGGAAGAGACCGUAGUUCCAGUUCGCAAAGAGAGUCAUCACGAUUUACUCGAAGAGCUAGAAAUGCUAAGAGACGUGAAUGCGGAACUGAAGAGGCAAGUACGUGACCAGGACGAUGAGAAGGCCAUGCAGAUUAAGGAGCAUCGUACAGUCAAUCGCGUGUUAGUGAAACGGUCGUCGAAUUUGGGAAAAUAUGUAAAGACUCUUGGACCAGCGAGAGAAGAAUGUGAAUUUCCUAUGACUUGUGAUGUAUUGCCAGCCAACGCGUCUCCGAAAUCCAAAUAUCUGCUUCAGUUACUGCUUCGGGCUCCAUCGGCUUCAAGCUCUCAAUCAGUCGGCGUAACACCGUCCCCCACGUUCCAUCAACUGGCACCCUGUCACGUGUAUUCCUCACAAACUAUCGACGACGUCUUUUAUUCGUCUGACAACAUGGACGCACCACAGCGAACAGAGGAAACCAGUGACACUAGAAAUUCACUAGCAAAUUGUGGUAUUGAUGGGGAAGCUUCCGAUUUGGACUCGACACUCAGAGAUCGUGUCAACGAAUCGAAUUUGUCGUCGUCUGUUUCGGACCAAGUGGGUGGCUCGUCGUCACCUGAAAGUGGGUGUCGUCACAGGCAUCGUUCAGGCUCGUGGCCAUUGCGGGCGUUGGUCACGAAUGAACGACACUCGUUUGCAUCGGAUGAUCUCGAGUGUGAAACGAAACGCCGCCGAGCUGGCGUGUUCGUCCGGAUGGUACCGAUGGUGAAACCAGAUGUAGUCGGAAGGAAGAGGAGAGCUUUGGAGGACGUUUUGCGGUAUGACUCGUCGUGUGACUUGACGGUCUGUUUGUCUACUGAUCGAGACAGUAGACGGGGUUACACGGACGGCAGCGAUGCUGGUAGGUACCAGAAAGAUAGAUGCAGUGAUCAAGAGGAGCUUGAUGAGUUGGAUCCGAAAUCGGAGCAUGUAGAGGCUCCGGAUACUCUGCAGACGCUUCAUGCUGUUGCGAGUCGUUUGAAGUCAUCGGAGGCAUCGAAGAGCAUUAGUUUCAAUGUGAGUCCACGUAGGAUUGGAAAGACGCCUGAUCGAAUGUACAAGGUCGUGUUUGUUGGCAAUUCUGAUGUUGGCAAGACGUCGCUCGUCAAUCGGUUGUGUACGGGAGAGUUUUGUACGUUUGCGGCUACUAUUGGCGUUGACUUUCGUGUCAAGCUGGUGACCAUUGACUGUCAAUUGAUUUCAUUACAAUUAUGGGACACAGCUGGACAAGAAAAAUAUCGUAGAUUUGGUCUGACCAGUCAGUACUAUCGUAAAGCUGAUGGUGUGAUUUUGGUUUAUGAUGCUACUAACAGACAGUCAUAUAUGGACGUCAGAGAGUGGAUAUCAUGUAUUGAGAGUGCAACGGGUAAUGAUUCAUCACUUUCCGUUAUGCUGUUGGCAAACAAGAUGGAUUUGGUGUUUCAACAAAACAAGUCAUCACAGCAGAAUGGCAAAUAUGUUCAUGCACUCAGUGGAGAGUCACUUGCCAAGCAACUGGAUGCUUCAUACUUUGAAGUCAGUGCCAAGACGGGUUUCAAUGUCGAAGAGUCGUGCUCGCAGUUUGUCAGAAAACUUUAUGAGCGAGAAAAUAUGCUAAUCAACUCGACUCUCAGUCAGUUUCGUGAAGGUGAGAAACGAGAGCGACCCAAGUCAGUCAUCGUGUUGGGUGAAAACCUGGAAUAUCAACCGAAGGGAAAGAAAUGCAGUUGCUGAGGAUUAUGUGAUGCCGUCAAUACGUUGAGAUCUCAACUCACCAGUGAACGCACAGAUUACAUGCCUUCUAGUUAUUAUGUUAAUAAUUUAGAAUAUCCGGGACAUAUGGGAUUGUAGUGAUUUCAUUAUUUUUGCAGAAUUAGUUGUAUUUUUGUUGAAUAGUUUAUGAGUUGACUGACACACGAA